AUGACACACCUCGAAGCAGUCUUUGUUGUCACAAUAGUCCCAUACCUCCCCUCGUUUGAAGAUGUUAUCACUCUCAAGCUUGUUAAUAAGAAGUACCUUGAAGCAACUAACAUGGUCAGAAUAUGCGCACAAUAUUUUACAAAAAGAAUCUCUCGAAACGAAUUCGAGACAGAUGAGAUGUACAAACUGAGAGAGAAGUGUAAUAAGAAUCUCCCAGAAAACAUCUUCGAAAUACUUCCUUCAGCCGAAACACUCUGUGUUAAUAACUUGGAACUGAGAGGAAAGAAAGAAAUAUUGGAUCGAUUCAAGUUAUUCAGAUUUAAUAAGUACACUUUUGAAGACCAACCAUUCGCAGAAGACUUGAGAGACAGAAUAGCAGUGCUCCAUGUCGACAUCAACAGAGCUUGCAAUUUAAGUCUCUUUACCGCAUUAAGAAGAGUCACCAUAUACAACUUUCAGUGGGCGAUUCCUAUCGAGUCGAUUUUUCCCAACAAAAGUCAGAGACUUGAUUUUGUCAGAAUCGAAACAAAGUUCGUCAACACUUUUCACCCGAAGUUGAAAGAGUACCACUACUUCGACAAAAAAGUGAUUGAGAUCUUCAACGCCACAAUCGUAAACAAAGAUAUUUUGAAUGAUAUGAAAAUGUAUGCGGAAGUCUGUUUUACUUCGUCGGAAAGUGGAGUAAAGGGCAAAGAGACAGUGACCAAAUUCACAAAUAAUGUUGACGAUAAAAGUAACGAAAUUUACAUACCGAACAACAACAGCGCAGUUGUAGUAGAAGAGGAGACAACAACACCAAUCGACUUGUCGCAGCGAAACUUCAACUUUGCGGAAUCAGUGAAAUCCAUCAACCGCCUGAAACUGGACAACCUCGAUUUUCUUAAAACAGUAAAGUGCCCAGAAAUAGUAGGAAAAUUGCCGCAUUCUGUCGAGCACCUCGCAUGCUUUAAUUUUGACAGAAACAGCAUCCCAUGGAACAACAACUUGACUUCACUGGAAGUUGAAUCAAACAACACCUUUUCAUCGCUGCAAUUUGACGUGUUAAACAAAUUGCAGAAACUCAAAUUGAAAUCAACCAACGUCGGCAAUUUAGAGUUUUGCUCAGCGGUAUCGCUUGCUAUGAUUGGGUGUUCACUCUCUAAUGUAUUUAAGUUUCCAAGAAAGUUGAUGAACCUGAAAGUGGACACUAAAACACUCCAAGACCUCCCAACACUCUCGCAGUGUCAGAGUUCACUCAGCUCACUUGAGAUUGAAGGGAGUCUCCCCACCAAUUUUGACUUGAAAAAAGAGUGUGCAAAUUUAAAGGUUUUGUCGUGUUCCGAAUUGCCCAAAAAUUUGCCAGACUCUCUCAUUGCGUUACAAAUCAAACAACAGCCACAGAAUUUCGACUUGGACAUAUCCCAACUUAAACAUCUUGAGAAAGUAUACAUAUCACAAAGACUUUUAAACUCGUGCGUUUUACCAAAGUCGGUGAAAGAACUCACACUGGAUGUUUCGACAAACGUGGUAAAGGACUACAAGCAAUUGAAACUCGAAAAACUUCACAUCAUCUGCAUUUCAAAUUUAGAGGAGUGGGCACAUCCAUCUCUCAAACAUUUGGUUGUUGGUAAUUCCUCGCAUUCGUGUUUUCCAAACACAAUGAACCAACUCUUUCCGUCUGUGCGCGACUGGAACCAGUACGACGAUGAACUUUAA